UCCUUCCUCCUUCCUCCUGCCACUUCCACUGCUCUCUCCAAACCAUGCAUUACUUCCUUGAGCUCUUCGUCGUGUUGGUCCUCGGCAGCGUCGCCAUGCAUGUGUCCGACCCCGGCGUAGCUUCCUCCCUUGAAUCGCUUCGGAUCGACGGCAACUUGAGCUUCCAUGACGUCUCCCUCGCCGCGAGGGACUUCGGGAACCGGUACCGGCUGUUGCCGUCGGCGGUGCUGCACCCGGGCUCGGUGUCGGACGUGGCGGCCACGGUGAGGCACGUGUUCAGGAUGGGAUCGGGGUCGAAGCUCACCGUCGCAGCCCGAGGCCACGGGCACUCGCUGCAGGGGCAGGCGCAGGCCGACGGCGGGAUCGUGGUUCGCAUGGAGAACCUGCGCGGAUGCGAGACGAAGGUGCACGACGGUGAGCAGCCGUAUGUGGACGCCUCUGGGGGGGCGUUGUGGAUCAAUGUUCUGCUUGAAUGCCUCAAGCAUGGCCUGGCGCCCAAGUCGUGGACCGACUACCUUCACCUCACCAUCGGAGGGACGCUGUCCAACGCCGGGAUCAGCGGGCAGGCGUUCCGGCACGGCCCCCAGAUCAGCAACGUCCACCAGCUGGAGAUCGUCACUGGAAAAGGCGAGCUGCUCAACUGCUCGGCCGAAGAGAACGCUGAUCUCUUCUAUGCUGCUCUCGGAGGCCUCGGCCAGUUCGGGAUCAUCACCAGAGCCAGGAUUGCGCUUGAACCUGCACCGAAGAUGGUGAAGUGGAUUCGAGUGCUGUACUCUGACUUCGCCGGCUUCACAGAGGACCAGGAGAUGCUGAUAUCAUUGAAGGAGACCUUCGACUACAUCGAAGGCUUCGUGAUCAUAAACAGGACGGGACUUCUCAACAAUUGGAGAUCAUCGUUCAACCCACAGAACCCUGUUCAAGCCAGUGAGUUCGACUCCGACGGCAGGAUCCUGUUUUGCCUGGAGAUGACGAAGAACUUCGACCAAGACAACGCCGAGAUCGUGAACCAGGUAAAGUUACUCGACACCACAUCGCCUCCCAUGCACGUCCGAAUUGGAUCAUCCCCUCAAAAGUCUAGUCCUCCUCCUCCCCUGUGGCUGCAGCAAGUCGAAGCUCUGCUGUCCAAGUUGAGGUACAUCCCGUCCACCCUCUUCCAGUCGGAGGUCUCCUACCUCGAGUUCUUGGACCGAGUUCACGUCUCCGAGGUGAAGCUGAGGUCCAAAGGCCUGUGGGAAGUCCCACACCCAUGGCUCAACCUUCUCAUACCAAGAACCAGGAUCAGAGAUUUCGCAGCACAAGUCUUCGGCAAGAUUCUCCCGGACAGCAACAACGGCCCCAUCCUCCUGUACCCACUCAACAAAUCCAAGUGGGACAACAGAACAUCAGCAGUCAUUCCAGACGAGGAGAUCUUCUACCUGGUGGCCUUCCUGUCCUCAGCACCAUCUUCCUCGGAUCACGACAGCUUGGACCGCGCGUUAAAGCAGAAUGAUAGGAUCUUGGACUUCUGCAAGCAGGCAGGCAUCAGGAUGAAGCAAUACUUGCCAUACUACACCAUGCAGGAAGAGUGGAGAGCCCAUUUCGGUGACAGAUGGGAGGAUUUUGCUCGGAGAAAAGGCGUUUACGAUCCUCUCUACAUUCUUGCGCCUGGACAAAGGAUCUUUCAGAAGGCGGUGCGGUCCUCGUGACGAUGGCCUCGGCGCAGCGCCCGCAGCUCAUCUCGUACAGGAAGAACUGCCACAGAUAGUUACUCCGAUACAAGACCUUCUUCUCAGCUUGAAACGAAGCCAUCCAUUAUGAAGACCUGCACAAAUGUGGCAUCAGCAACUUGGCAUGUAAUGAACCAUGGAUUUGCCACAAGGCAUCAGUUUCUUGCUUCAAGUAUAGAAGGGAAAGAAAACAUAUCGCAGAUGAUGUACAUUUUGUCAGCUAAGGAAAAUAUCAUUUCUGUUGUGUAAUGAAAUCGGCAUAUUAACUUGGAGUUAGUAUUA